CCAAAAGAAUUUCGAUUUUUCUCAAAUACUCUGUGCAUCUCUGCAUUCUGAGGUCUGCACCACCUUCACUCGGCCCCGUGGACUUCCUUGUUCUUGUUUCGUCUCCUCCGUCGAGGGUUUGUAUCAUUCUCUUUAUAAACAUCCACCUGUACCUCGUCUCCCCCCACUCUUAAGCUGAUUUUGUCCCGCCAGUACUCAACGACUUGAAAUCUUUGGUCGCAACAGACCCAGCAAGGCUGAUGGGUAAGAAGAAAUCUGCAAAAUUACUCGCAAACAAGGAAGAAGAAAAAGAAGAACUUGUUGUGGAGCAGAUUCAGAAACAACCCUCUACCACGCCCAAGAAGGGUGGUAAUGAAAUUGAUGAAAUCUUUGCCGGUAAAAAGAGGAAGAGACCUGAACAAGAAAAGACUGAGAAGCGAAAGGUUGAUGAAGGUUCGAAACCAAAAUCCAAUAAGAAAAACAAGGACAAGAGUAAAGGAGUUAGGGAGGGUGGAUGUGUUGACCCUGCCAAGCCUCGGAAGAGAACUGAGGAUGGGCUAGUAAUUUACACUGAACAGGAGCUGGGGCUUAAUAAAGCUAGUGCUGGAGGUACCCCACUUUGCCCUUUUGACUGUGAUUGUUGCUUCUGAUGUUAUGCACAAUGGAUCCACUUAAGAGUGUUGAGUUGAGAUCUCUGUACUCUCAAAUUUGCAAUUACAAUUUUGAUUUUACAGUCUACGGAAUUUUGAGAAACAGCACUGCCAGUGAUUUUAAAUGUUAAUUAGGUUUACAAUCACAUAUCGAAGGCUUGCAGGUGGCUUUAUUGAAAAACCUGUGGGCUCAAAAGCUGUGCAAGAUCAUAGAAUCAUCCUUUGAAUGUUGGCCUCUUGUUUUACCCAUUUCUCUAGCUUGAGGCCUUCAUGGUGGAAGAUCACAUUUUCUUAAUGCUUAGUUGCAAAAAUAUUACUCCCUCUAUUUAUUUUUAGUAGAACCUAAUUUUCUAUUUGAAGCAUUUCAAUUUAGUUGUUCACUUUUCUUUGUUAUUGGAAAUUUUCAUUCUUAUUUUACCCUUGUUUUAAAAAAAUAAGUAUAAUAUAUAUUAAAUAAAAAAUUUUAUGUAAG